AUGAGUAUAAAAACCAGAUAUAACUCUAAAGCCCUGAUUACGUUCUUGGCGUUCUUGAUUGUUGUGACAUCAAUUGCUUUACUACUGGUUCUGUACAAAAUCUAUGAUCUUCACAAAAAAAAGCUUAACAAUUCUUCUGAAGGCGUAAACCUUGUUGCAGUUAAAGAUGAUGACAGACAACUUCUGAACAUAGACCCAAUACUUUCGGAGCACUUGCUGGACACGUACAAGAGGAAGAUUGCUGACGAAGGAAGACUUUUCUUGGAUGAAUUUCAGAGUAUUCCUAGGGUUUUCACUAAAUUUUCAAUAAAGGAGGCAAAAAAAAGCUAUAACCAGAACAAGAACCGUUACAUCGACAUCCUUCCAUAUGAUCAUAACCGUGUAGAGCUCUCAGAGAUCCCAGGAGACCCAGGAUCAGACUAUAUCAAUGCAAGUUAUAUUGAUGGCUUCAAAGAACCAAGAAAAUACAUUGCUGCACAAGGCCCCAAGGAUGAAACCACAGAUGAUUUCUGGAGGAUGAUCUGGGAGCAGAAGGCAACAAUUAUUGUCAUGGUGACCCGCUGUGAGGAAGGAAAGAGGAACAAAUGUGCCCAGUACUGGCCGUCAAUGGAGAACAGCUCUGCAACGUAUGGGGACAUUGUUGUGACGAUCAAUGAAAGCAAAACGUGUCCAGACUACGUCAUUCAAAAACUACGCAUCACAAACGGAAGAGAAAGAACAACUGGAAGAGAUGUCACUCAUAUUCAGUUCACAAGCUGGCCAGACCAUGGAGUCCCUGAGGAUCCGCAUCUCCUUCUGAAACUCCGGCGCAGAGUUAAUGCUCUCAGCAACUUUUUUAGUGGCCCAAUAGUGGUUCAUUGCAGCGCCGGUGUGGGGCGCACUGGGACAUACAUCGGAAUCGAUGCCAUGCUGGAGGGGCUGGAUGCCGAAGGCAGAGUGGACGUUUAUGGCUACGUCGUGAAGCUGCGUCGGCAGCGGUGCCUCAUGGUUCAAGUAGAGUCACAGUACAUCCUUAUCCACCAAGCACUAGUGGAAUACAAUCAGUAUGGAGAAACAGAGGUCAAUAUCUCGGAACUGCAUUCCUAUCUUAACAAUCUGAAGAGAAAAGAUCCUCCGAGCGAUCCUUCUCUGCUGGAGGCAGAGUUUCAGAGGUUACCUUCCUAUAAGGGGUGGCGGACGCAGAACACUGGAAACCGUGAGGAAAAUAAAAGCAAAAAUAGGAAUGCCAACAUAAUUCCAUAUGACUUUAACCGCGUGCCCAUCAGGCAUGAAGAUGAAUACGGUAAGGAGGGUGAGCGAGAUUCAGACGAUUCCUCCGACGAGGACAGCGACUGCGAGGAAUCGAGCAAAUACAUCAACGCUUCCUACGUAACUGGCUACUGGGGUCCAAAAGCCAUGAUUGCAACACAGGGGCCGCUGCAGGAAACUAUCUCUGACUUCUGGCAAAUGGUUUUCCAAAGAAGAGUCAAAGUCAUUGUUAUGCUGACAGAGCUGAAAGAAGGAGAUCAGGAACUUUGUGCACAGUACUGGGGAGAAGGAAAACAGACAUACGAUGGCAUAGAAGUUCAAAUGACAGAUGUCAACUGUUGUCAGAGCUAUACCAUACGUGCCUUUGAUGUUACACAUCUGAAGACAAAAGACACACAGAAGGUGUAUCAGUAUCAAUAUCACAAGUGGAGUGGCUUGGAUGUUCCGGAAACCCCCAAAGAUUUAGUCAGCAUGAUUCUCAGCCUUAAACAAAAACUCCCAGCCAGAGCAGGCGCUGAGGACAGCAGAAGUACCCGCAGUGUCCCGCUCGUCAUCCACUGCCGCGAUGGAUCCCAGCAGACCGGUGUAUUUUGUGCCUUAAUGACCCUCUUGGAGAGUGCCGAAAUAGAAGAAGUAAUAGAUGUUUUCCAAGUAGUAAAAGCUCUUCGUCGCACCAGGCUGGGAGUGGUCUCCACCUUUGAACAUUACCAAUUUCUGUAUGACACCAUUGCUGGUAUCUACCCUGCACAGAAUGGACAAAUAAAGAAGAACAGCCACAAGGAAGAUAAGGUUGAAUUUUGCAGUGAAGUAGAAAAAACAGAUCAGGAAACGGAUCUGAUCACGAUUGAUCUUAACCCAGCAACACCGGAGGAAAAUGAGCCUACUGAAGUAUGUGAUGAUUCUAAGGCUGCAGGUGGCACUAAAGGAACAGAAAGCUCUACAAACGGCCCCACAACUCCAGUUCUAACUUAGAGGCUAUAGUGAAAAAAAAAGUGUUUCUUCACGUGCAAAAAAAACCAAACCCAAAGUAAGAAAGAUAAGAUUUCUUCCUGUUCCCAUCUUUUUUUUUUUAUUUGGAAAAUGUUUACUGUUAUAUCAGCUUUUCAAAGGUACAAAUUUAAAGGAAUACUUGAAACUUGCAGAGAGAGACACAAAGAACUGU